ACUCAGAUUGGAAAAGGCUAAGCAAAGAGCUUUGCUAAAUAGAGAGUUUUAGCCCCCAUCUUUUGGGAUUUCAGACGAUAUUUAUCCAAAUAGUAUUUUCUCAUCCUGAAUACUAAAUUGAGAUGAUUUUGUUUUCUUCUUUACAGGCCAGCACCUCACAUGCUACCAGCAGAUUACCUGUGAUGACAGAUUCUGCAUGUCAGACUGACCCACCCAAGUACCGUACUGUUCGUACACAGCUAUCCUCGAGGACUCUUGGUUCACAUCGAAGUACAGCUGUCCAGGCUAAAAUUCCCUGCAGAAGCGUUGGUGUCGAAACACUUCCGUUGGAAGUGCCAGUGCCCUUUUUAACAUCCACCCCCUUAAAGAGACCACCAAAGAGGCCCCGUGUGGAUCUUGAAGAGGAAUACGAAGAUCCAUUUGAGGGAAGCUCUUCUUUGGUGUUUUCCGAAGGCCAGGAUGCAACUUAUGAUCCAGCAGAAUCCAUAACAAAUGCUACAGAAACAACAGCCAUGUCUGGUCAAGAACAAAACCCCCCCCCAGACGAUCAACACAUACAUCGUGUAUGAGACCUGCCUCAUGGAGCUUUUUGAAUCAUGUCCUGUGUGCAAGCGUGUGUGUGAUGUACAAACCAGAAGGAUCGGUACAUUCAUAUCAGUGCAGCAGCUGUGCCCCCAUUGUCAGUUUACAAGAAACUGGAAUAGCCAGCCUGUUCUUGGGAGUACUCCAGUUGGAAACCUGCAGCUAUCAGUUGCAACAUAUGUCAACGGAGCAUCUUUCUACAAACUUUCAAAGGUCUUCAAAGCCAUGAAUAUGCAGCUAUGCAAAUACAACACCUUCCGAAGGCAUGCCAGGAUGUUCAUUGAGCCAGCGAUGGUUUCUUACUGGCAAAAAUCACAGGAAGGCAUGCUACAGAAGCUCCAUGCAGAGGAGAAAGUGAUAGUUGGUGGUGAUAUGAGGGCUGACUCCCCAGGCCACUCUGCAAAGUUCGGAAGCUACACUAUGAUGGACCUGAAGAACAACAAAGUCGUUGACCUCCAGUUGGUUCAGAGCAAUGAGGUUGGUGGAAGCUACCACAUGGAGUUAGAGGGCCUGAAAAGGAGUCUGGAGUUGUUAAAGGAACGUGGUGUGACUCUGGACUGUAUUGUCACGGACAGACAUCUGCAAAUUCAGAAAUUCCUAAGGGAAAGCAGCAUCACCCAAUUCUUUGAUGUGUGGCACAUAGAAAAAGGGAUUUCUAAGCAACUGGAGAAGGCUGCAAAAAAGAAGGACUGCGAAAAACUUCGAGGGUGGGUGAAGAGUAUAAGAAACCACAUAUACUGGACUGCAGCAACCUCCACCACCGGGCCUGAGAGAGUGGCCAAAUGGACUUCCAUCCUGAACCACGUGCAGGAUAUCCACUCUCAUGAUGACCCCCUGUUCCCCAAGUGCCUUCAUCCACUGCGCAUUGCGCAAUACCAAUGGAUGGCUGCAGGAACGCCGGCCUUUCACAAGCUGGAGACAAUUCUCUCAACCAAGAGGAUUUUGAAAGCUGUGGCCAAACUCAGCCCACACCACCAGACUUCAUCUUUGGAGUCAUUCCAUGCCGUCAUCCUGCGCUUUGCUCCAAAUAAUGUUGUGUUUCCAUUUCUUGGAAUGUUGUGCAGGUAA